AUGUCGUCGGACUCAUUCUUCCGGCAGCUUGCGACCCGCCAUCCGGUGCUCCUCCACGCGGCCACCUGGACCCUACUCCUGGUGCUGACAGUGUUGGCCUCGUCGCUCGCUCCCGAGGCCGCAUUCACGGCUGCCAUCUCUCGUCUGCACGGGGGCUUCAUCAGGAUCCCGCUCGAAGUCCCAGGAGAGAUCCUGUGCGUGCCGGAGAGCAUGGUGGGGACGUCCGACUUCGAUUUCCUGCUCCCGACAGUUUUCGCCGCCAUCGCCGUGUUCGGGUCAGCAUGCUUGCUCAGGUCUCUGGGCUUGUGGGAAGAGAUCGUGCCACAAGCCAGAGAGGCCACCGGAGGGGCAUUUGUAUAA